UCCGUGACACGAACGUCAAUCGAUCAGGCUGGAAUCCGAAGGUCCCGGAUGUGUCAUGGCGUCCUCCCCUCCAGAGAGGCUGGUGGUGUAUGAUGGUGUAAAAUAAGCAGGCGUUUAGACCCUUUGCGGUGCCGAAAAUUCACCAGAGUUGCACCAAAACCCACCCUUAAGCCUCUAUGGUAUUGAUGGUAAUGCAUGCACGGAAAUAUCCGCGGCUUAACGAUGGGUACCACGACAGAAGCCAGGCCCAUCCCUACCAGACUGCUGGUGUGGGAAAGUACCCAUCCAAGCGUGACGGCAGCGGCUCCUAUAAUGACUACGACCACCGGAUUGACAGAGUGCGGGAUUCGCCCGGCGAGGUUUCCACCGCACGAAGGACAGUCCCGGCAACGGAACAGUCCCUGGGAGUCACGCGACAGGGAGAGAGAGAGGGAGCGAGAGAGAGACAGGGAGAGAGACAGGGACAGAGACAGAUAUAAGAACAAAUCUUCUUAUUCAGAACGAUAUAGGGAAAAGGAAAGGGAGAGGGAAAGAAGAGAGAGAGAAAGGGCUAGGUACAGUCCCGGGGACUGGGACAGACCUCACAGAAGAGACAGAGAGGACAGGAGAGGGACCAGCGAUUCUCCGGCGCAGAACGCAGCCAAUCACCAGCCCCGACAGAGCAACAGCAGCGCCAACCACUCACAGACGCAGCCCCAGACGACCGACAGGAAAAAUGAUAACGACGCGGGGAAGAAAAACGCUGAGCAUACCCAGUCCAGCACUGCUAGUACCAGUACUGCAGCAGCUAAUACAAAGGCUUACAGAAAGGUCCAAGGUGAUUGGUCGGAACACAUCAGUUCUUCGGGCAAGAAAUAUUACUACAACUGUAAAACGGAGGUGUCACAAUGGGAGAAACCACCGGGCUGGCAGGAGAGCCCAAAAGAUAGCGGAGAGUCGAAACACAAAGACAAGCCUGUUGCCAAGGAAACCGCCUCCUCUUCUUCAGCUGCCUCCUCCGCAUCCCAUGGAACCAACAGCAGAGAAGCUGGCAGCAGCAGCGCAACUGGUACUCCUAGCUCAUCUAAUCACAAGCAUUCCACGGACCCCUCCCCCCGUCCUGCCACCCAGCCAGCCUCCGACAGACACAAGGACACCCCCAAGUCUCACAAUAGAACAGGUACCCCCUCCUCGUCCCAGGGCACCCCCAGCGCGCACCGCGGGACCCCCGGACAGGGCAGCGACCGUAUGGACAUCUCCACAACUCCUGAACACCUGCAGACCAUCUACACCAGGAGUAGAACAGAGUCUCCCGCGGUGCAGAACACCCCCUCUCCAGGAACCCCCUCCCUGGGGCGCAGCCACACCACCCCGCACUCCAUCCCCCCCUCCCUGGUGCAGCAGCUCUUCCCCCCCACCUCCAGCGCAAGUAGUAUAUCCCAAGUUCACAAUGUAGGAGUAGAGCAGUCCUUACAGCUGUUGCAGCACGCCACCAUGCUGACGCAACAGGCACUGCAGGCUCAGCAGCAGCAGCCUACAACAACUGUCCCCCCUUCUAAUGUUUCUGACUCGUCUCCUGUUUCUAUGCGGACGUCGAUAUCAGACAUGUCCUCUCCUUACCAGUCUCAGCUCUCACCGCAGCCGAGCUCCAGUCAGCAGGGGGAAGUCGUGACCAGUUCAGCCUCUCCUGCUCACAGUGUACAUAGCCAGAAAUCUGUAGGGAGCCAUGCGGACGGGGCAGUGAGCAGUAGUUACGCCGUGGUGCACAGUUCCACUCCCACCGCGGCGCACACCGUCCUCCCCCCCUCCAUCGAACUCACGCCGGCGCUAGUCAAGUACUACAAGGAGACACUCAUCAGACACACGCAAGGCUGGCAGGCAGAGCACGCCGAGAGACAGGCGCAGAGGUUAGAUGAGGAAGGCCAUGCAAUGGGCAGUCUGCACAGUUCCCAGGUGUCUGUGGACCUGAAGUUUGCCCGGUCGCUGGUCAGAGUCUCAGAAAUCCAGGCCACGUUACAGGAACAAAGGAUACUGUUUCUACGGCAACAGAUACAACAUUUGGAGAAGAUGAAGAAUCAGAACAUGUUUCCCUCGUAGCUGCCCUCCCCCUCUGUAGGGAUGUACUUGGUACAUCCCGCCGACUGUGUGCAUUACUGAUACCUGCGGUUCCUUCGCUACACUGCCGACUCGGUUGUAUCCUUCGUGGCUCCGCUACACUCGACUCGCUACAUCUCCAGCCAGAUCGUCAUGUGUACAAGGAUCACCAGAAACCGCCUGUAACCAUGGAAACUGUAUCCAUGGAAAUCGCCCUGUAACCAUGGUUCUCGUUGCUUGUAUGUACGACUAGUUUUGUUCCCUCGUUUUAGGACUAUAAAAAAGAAGAGAGAGAAAAUUGAGGCAGAAUUGUAACGAUAAUUAGCUGUAGCAGUUUUGGUACCGACACGUGCCAGGAUGUCAGGCGCUUUGUAAGGGAGGAAUUUCCAAACCGGACGCAGACAGACAGACAGAGAGGAAAGAACUGUCUGCAAUGUUAGUUCACUUUGGGACGAGCUUCUAGUUAUUUUUGCUUGUCAGUUUUGUUGUACAUGAUUCCUGGCACGGCCACCCUACUGCACCUAUCAGGACAGAACAAACCACCACAGAAACGUCCAAAACAUCCAACCAUCUCUUGAGAGUUCAGGGCAAUUUGGAAAGAAAGGGAAUUAAAAUUUUGUCCCCACUUAUGUUGUGUACAACUGUAGUAGCCAUAUCGUAGGGUUGUUAGCUUCGGAACUACAUAAUCCAGUUGAAAAAUUGUCUCAAGAUUUGAAUUUGAAGAUUUAAUCACAAGAAACUUGACUUAGAAAGACACUCACUUCUGAGUUUCUCUAAAUGCUAUCCCCCUUCCCCGGACCAAUCUUUGUGUGGUGUCUUUACCUUGAUAGAUGCACAGGGGGGGGUUGCGUAGCCAAGGACUAGGGCUCCUAUCAA